AUGCUGCACAGAGGGUGUUUCCAAGGGAAGGUGCUGGCUUCUAACCCCCGAGGCCGUCAGUGUGUCUGAGCUUCUCUAGUGAGCCCACUUGGCACGUUUUAUUGUCCUUGGGUCUGGCUUCUACUCCGAGCAAAGAGACAUUUUUCUUCGACCUUAACUGUCCUGAGGGGCAAUAACCUUAUACCAAGGCUCAGUACAAAGUUUCUAUCUAAGGACUCGAUACAAAGUUGUACGAAAGUAGAGUUUAUAUAUGGAACUACUGAACACAAGGGUAUAUGAAGGGGCACAAUACAAAGUCAUCUGAAAAUGAUAUAGCUACGCGAAACUGCUUAAUGCAGAGAUUUAUCUACACCUGGGGCAUCUCGGUCCAGUGUGCCUGGCUCUGGUUUGGGCAGAGGGUCUGUCAAUGGGAUGGCGGGGAGGGCCAGGUGUGUUCAUGGCCAGCUUGGGGCCGAGAGAUGUUCAGUGUCACAGGGGCUGCCUGCCCCUAAGGGGAUCCGGGAUGGGGGCAACAGCCCCCUUGGAACUGCCCUGGAAGGAAGGGAGUGGGAGGGGGAGAGAGGCUCCCUUCUUCUCUGGGCUUGUGGGGGGGCCUAGCCCAGCCUCCAGAGCCCACACCCACUGGAGAGAAUCCCUACAUGCCAUGGGAAGAAUCCCCACACGCUAUGAGCUGGCCUCAAUAUGGCUGCAGCUCAGAGCUCUCCAGGCCUGGACAGGAGCUGGGUGGGUGGAACAGGAGCCGCUAUCUCCUUUCUGGGCUUCGAGCCGGCACCUGCGCCUCGCAGCCCCCUCCCUGUCUGGGAGCCCAGGGGGGUUCUUGUCUGACUGUGACUGCUGCAGGGUGGGGGUCUGGGAGCCAGGACUCCUGGGUUGUCUUCCCGGCUCUGGGAGGGGAGUGGGGGCUGGUGGUUAGAGCAGGGGGGUGGGUGCUGGGAGCCAGGACUCCUGGGUUCUGUCCUUCCCAUCCACCCCAGCCCCAGAGCUCCAUGCUCAGUGCAGGGAUGGGGCAGAGAUGGUUCUGUCCUGCUGGCAGUACCUCUGGUACCUCCACAGGCAAGGGGGCCGUGGCCAUGGCUGGUUUGCAUGCCCCGUCUCUGAGCACCAUCUUCUGCUCCGCCUGGGCCUGCCCCAUGUCCGGCUAACCCCGUGGGCAGUGCCGCUAGCAACACGCCAUCUCUCAGCACAGUGGUUGGGCAGCAUGGUGCAAUGAGACACCCGUGCCCUGGCCCUGCUGAUCCAGCCCCUCUCGGUGAUGGUUGCUCAGCCCAGCUCGGGGACCGGCUGUUGGGAGGGAUGGGGGUGAGCAUAGCCUGAGGGGUGAGGGUGGUGUACUGGAGUCGCCCCAUAGCACCAUACACCGUGGGGUUCCCUGGCUUGAGGUGGGGAGAUUCUCACGGAGCAGGAGGGAUUACCCUGUCCCUGAGAGCUCCCAGGCCAUGUGGUGGUGGUGGGGGGGCUCAGUUCAUGGUGUAUGGAGGGGGAAGAGGUGGUGCUGUUGGGAGCGCUGCUGGGGGCUGCAGGCCCAUGGUCCCACUCCGUGGGGGCUAAUGGCACCCCAUUGGCGGGGAGCGCUUUGUCUCCCAUUGCUACGGAUCCCAGCGGCCGAUUGCUAUUUCCUUCCCCACUGGCCCCUCUUCCCAACAGCCCUGGCUCUCAGCCUACAGGUGCCAGUAGUUCCUGUGGGGGCGAUGGACCCCCCAAGUGGGGCGUGUUCCUGGGGGCCCUGGCCGGUGAGCUGGUCCUGCCGUGUGCUGUGCAGCCCGAUGCCCCGUCCCAGGCAUUCCCCCCUCCUGACUGGGCUGGCCCAGGCUCUAGCAGCCCCAGGUGUGCUGGGGGGGCCUGGCUUCAGGAACCCCCGGGGCCCCCAGCCCUACACCCCGGCGGGCUGAGCUGGGGAGAAGAGGAGGGCUGAGGGUGACUGGGUGGGGGGGUGGAUGGUCUGUGCACACAGCCACCAUUAGGGUUUGUAUUUUCCUGGGUGCCGCUCCCCUGGUGCAAGCCGGUCUGCGAGGCAGGGGCGCUCCCGGGACUGGGGAUCUGGGUUUGCGCAGGGCACUGCGGGUUUCACUGCGCACACGCACGGUCCUUACACCCAUCCCUGCGCACCGCUCACGAGCUACCACCGGGGGGGCAGUGACGCAGCUCGGAGCGGAGCGUGGCCGGGAGCUGAGCGACCUCCACCACCUGCUGACCCCCCCUCACCCUGUAUGGCCCCCCGGCUCUGCCCGCCCCGGCGCCCCUCUGCCUGGCUUCUGCGGGGCCUGCUGGCAGGGCUGGGGGGGCUGGCACUUGUGAGCCUCCUGGUUGGGGGCACAGGAGAAGAGCUGCUAUCGUGGUCACUGGCCCCCUUCCUGGGAGGCAGGGGAGGUUUCCGGCACGCAGAUCCCCCCUUGCCUGGCUCCGACUCCUUCCUGCUGCCCAACGUGGAGGGCUGCGAGCCGCGGGCCCCCUUCCUGCUGGUGCUGGUGGCCAGCGCGCCAGGGCACACAGCCCAGCGCCAGGCGGUGCGUGCCAGCUGGGGGGGCAUCCGCUGGGCCGGGGGGUAUCCAGUGCGGACAUUCUUUGCCCUGGGGGCACCAGGCUCGAGCGAGGAGCAGACUCGGCUGGAGGAGGAGUCCCAGCGCCACGGAGACCUGGUGCAGGGCCGCUUCGCCGACACCUACGCCAACCUGACCCUCAAGACCAUGAUGCUGCUGGGCUGGGCAGCCGCCCACUGCCCUGGCGCCGCCUUUGUGGUGAAGGUCGACGACGACGUCUUUCUCAACCUGCCUGCCCUAGCCCGCCACCUGGGGGCGCUGCCCAGCCCUCGCCGGCUCUACCUGGGCCGCAUCCACUGGUGGGUGCAGCCCAACCGCGACCCCGGCAACCGGCACCACGUCCCGGCCUCCACCUACCCGGCCAGGGCCUUCCCUCCCUACUGCAGUGGCACGGCCUAUGUGCUGUCCGGCGACGCUGUCCUGGGGGUGCUGGGGGCCACCCCCCACGUGCCUCCCGUGCCCCUGGAGGACGUCUAUGUGGGGCUGUGUGCUCGCUGGUCCGGCUUGGCCCCCACCCACACAGCCCGCAUGGCUGGAUCCACCCACUACCCCAUGGACCCCUGCUGCUAUGGGGAGGUGCUGUACAGCGUGCACCAGGUGGGCCCUCAGGCGAUGGGGGCAGCCUGGGCUAUGGUGGGGGGAGAAGGGAGAGCCUGUACCCCACUGCACAGGGGGCUGGGAGUGCUGAGGUGUAAGGUGCUAGCCCUGCUGGAGGGUCUGUGAGGGACAUGGGGGCUGGGAGCCAGGACUUCUGGGUUCUAGCCUUAGCUCUGGGAGGGGAGUGGGGGCUAGUCCAGUGGUUCUCGGGGGGCAUGUGUACCAUUGGGGUACACCAAGGUCUUCCGGGGGUGCAUUGUCGCAUCUAGAGAUUUGCCUAAUUUUACAACAGGCUACACAAAAAGCACUAGCCAAGUCAGUACAAACUAAAAUUUCAUCCAGACAAUGACUUCUUCAGACUGCACUGUGUACUGUACACUGAAAUGCAAGUGCAAUAUUUAUAUUCCAAUCAGUGUAUGUUACAAUUGUAUGGUGAAAAUGAGAAAGCAGCGGUUUGUCAGUAAUAGUGGCUGUGACACUUUUGUAUUUUUAUGUCUGAGUUAAGUAAGCAAGUUGAUUUUAAGUUAAGUGAAACUUGAGGGUACGCAAGACAAAUCAGACUCCUGAAAGGGGCACAGUCGUCUGGAAAGGUUGAGAGCCACAGGCCGGGGGGGGGACUGGGAGCCAGGACUCCUGGGUUCUAACCCCAGCUGUUAGUGCAAUGAUGCUCAAUGGCGGCCCCUGGGCCAAAUGUGACCCGCCAGCUCACCUUAAAAAAAUGUUUGUAACUAAAUUCAUGGCCAGCGAUGUGCUGCCUACGGCUUCCUUAGUAAGUAACGUACUGGAGCUUAGGUUCUCCGAUAUCAUCGGCUACGACUGAGUUGGGACGCUGCCUGUUUGAUAAUUGGUGAUGUAAAUGGAGCCGGAAAUCAAUGUGAGUGGGGGAGUAAACGUUGCAAAGUCACCAGCGAAUACCGAGCAUUUAACCCAAGCUGCACAGCGGAUUUUGUCUUUAUUAUGCCACCUCAUUUAAAGGCAAAGCCUUGGCAUUCCCUCUGCCAAACCACUGGAUCUGUCUGUAAGGUCGACACAGGGAGGUGCCACUUUGGCUCAAAGCACAGUCACGUCCAUGCGGCCUGGCCACCUGGUGGUGCUGCAAAAUGUGACAAAAUGGAAAAUCGGAAGUCUUCGGGUCCUACUUGAAAGGUUCUCACGAGAUCAGCAACUUUACAGGGGAAAGCAACAGCUGCCUCUCGUUGGAGAACGUGGGCACUCGCUAAAAGGAAAAGGCCUUUCCUGGAUGCCAAGCUUGUGAAGGAGCGCACACUAGAACCACUGGAGGAGCUCUUUGCUGGGGGUAAAAACAAAGCUGACAUUGUGACCUGUGUGACGCAGGUUCCCCUGUCCGAUUCCACGGUAGUGCUAAGAGUGGCUGAUAUUUGUAAUUUAUGUGAAUUGACUGUCAGCACUGCUUUCCGAUUUAAAAACACCAAAGACACGGCUCCUGUGGUGGACGAAUCAAGCGAUUUAAGUGACGCCCUCCAGCCAGUGCUACUUGUUAGAUUUUUAGGAUGGUGAAAUUUUGAAGGUAGAAUUUUUAUGCUUAAUACCAUUAGAAACCUACCCCACAGGAAGGAGCAUUUUUGUAAAGUUAAAAGGCUUUUUGGAAAAAAAUGGGUUUAGGUCUGCAGAAAAUAAACUUGCUUGUUACAGACAGAGGUCCCUCCGUGACAGGGAAAGAGACACUAUCACUGCCCAUCCGCUCAACUUCUACCCUGCAACAUUGUCUUUAUAAAACUGUCUUACAAGACAUUUCAGCCGAAGUCAGUGACCUGUUGCAGUGUGACGUUUGUUGGUUAAGUAGUGGGAUGCAUGAUACAGGUGUUGUGCGCUUCAAAAAGGAAUAAUAGAAUCCUUUCAAACCACAAGACCACCAAGGUUGCAAGUUCCUGGAAUUUAUGAAAGCUGUCACAAGUAGCCUUUCUGUGCGAUAUUACUGGUUGCUAGAAUUCCUUCAGCUUGCAGCUCCACAGUCGUGCAAGCAGUGCCAGGGAGCUGUUUGAGAAAGUGUGUGCCUGUCAGAGGAAUCUUGAAAUCUUUCAAGCAGACUUAACAAGAAAGAUGUUGCACUUUCCCACAUUGCAUGUUGUUGUGACAGAUGAAACCUCAAUAGAAAUGCUGCACGAAUUCCUAAACAAUCUGAUCAAAAAUUUUAAAAUGGGAUUUGAGAAUUUUAAAAUUCCCAAGGAUUUGAUUUUAUUUGUUGUCUCUGCCGGUGGACCUUACCCUUCUGAAUCAAAGAACCCUCUUGAUUCAACCAAUGAAGGGGCCUUUCUAUUAGAAAAUGUAAGGCUCUAGAGCUCAGAUGUCUUGAAGGCAAAAUCCAGAGAUGUGGGACUUUGUGAGUUCUGGACUCAGUCUGCUGACCAGUUUCAGAAUAGCCAGCGUCUGGCUUUUAACCGUGUUCGGCCCAAUGUACCUCUGCAAAGCUGGGUUUUCUGCCAUGAACAUUAGCAGAAAGUCAAUCACCUGAUGGACGAGCAUCUUCAUGCAUGCAUGGGCCUUGGUCUGACCGCCUACAAUCCACUCGUCAUGCUUGUUGCUGUCACCUCUCCCACUAGCGAGUGCCACAAACACGGGUAAUAAUGUUGAUAAAGCUGAUGAAGUGGGCUGUAGCCCAUGAAAAUAAAUGUGUUAGUCUCUAAGGUGCCACAAGUACGCCUGUUCUUUUUGCAGCGACAGACUAACACGGCUGCUACGCUGAAACCUGUGUUAGAAGAUGGAAUCACUAAUACUUACCUUGCACUCAGGGGUUGUAUUUGUUGGCAGCUCAAGUGUUUUUUGUCAGACGUGUGCCAAUGGGCUACCCAAAGAGUGGGGAGCUCUCACUGAAUAUCACUGGGAUAGUGGGUUAGAGUUGGGGGGUGGGGGGAACCAGGACUCCUGGGUUGUGCCCUGGCUCUGUGUGAGACACCUGGGGCAAGUCACCGAAGCACUUUGUGCCUCAGUUUCUCAUCAGUUAAAUGAGGCUGUUGCCUUUGUCUGUCUUGUCUAGUAAACCGUGAGUGUCAGUGUGGAUCUGUGCAGCGCUCAGCCAAACCGGGGCCCUGAGCUUGGUCAGUGGGGGGUGGGGGGGCUUGCUCUCACUCACGGGUCUUGCCACGCAAUGAGGGCUGUCAUAAACCUAGAGAUAAGGGCAGCUGUACUCAAUCGCUUUACCUGUAAGGGGGUAAGACGCUCAAAUAACCUGGCUGGCACCUGACCAGAAGGACCAAUAAGGAAAGCAGAUACCUUCAAAUCUAAUAUAUGUGUGUGUGUGUGUGUUGUUUAUGCUCUUUCUUUUUUUGGUUGUUCCCUCCUCGGAUAAUGAGAGAAACCAGGCAGGGACAUCGCCUGAAAACAUACCUGGCAGAAGCUAUCUAAGAAUUACACGUGAGGCAAGGCAAUGUGUUAGACUAUCUUUUAUUUUAGCUUGUGAAUUUUCCCUGUGCUAAGAGGUAGUUUUAUUCUUGUUUUUGUAACUGUGAAGCUGAGUCCAGAGGGUGAAUUCUCUGUGUUUUAAAUCUUUUUAUUACUCUGUAAAGUUAUCUUCCAUCCUGAUUUUGCAGGUGUGAUGCUUUUCCUUUUUUCUUUAUAAUAAAGUUUUUCUUUUAAGAACCUGA